AUGACGGACAAUGUGUUUAUUUUCGUCCCCAACUUAAUCGGUAAUCAGGUCAAAGAUCAAAGUCGCUGUUAAAGUUUUCAUAUACUAUUUUUUCCCCUACAUUAACACGUCUUUUUAAAAAAAGGGUUAUUUUAAUGCUUGUUAUGAAACAGUUCCUUCAGCGCUGAAGGAAUACUUUCAUAACAAGCAUUAAAAUGACACUUUUCUAAAAACGACGUGCGAAUUUAUGCACAUACACUGAAUAAAUACUGGAGUAGGGAACCUGCAUAAAAAUCUCAUCAUGUCACAAGGUAUAGUGGGCAACCUCAUUAUUAUUUAGUUUCAGUUUUCUCUGUGCGCCUUUUAUGUGUAUAUACAACGUGUUCUUUUAUUAUCAACUGUGGAAAAGGAAGUGCCACCGGACCCGUUUGGCUGACGUUUAGAAGAGCUUGGACGGCUCUCCAUUAUCAAAGCGUCUAGUGCAAAAAUCGAUCAGAAUUUUGAAUAGAUAGCCGGAUUAGUUGGCCUUGGGCUGAUCAUUUUUUUUUCUUUCGCUGUCUUGGCCUACUGGCCGUCACAUGUGAGUGUUAGUGGCCUCCUCUAUUGUAUAUCGUCACCUCAAUGGGGGUUAGUUGCGUUUGCGUCCCCCUUUUGGGUGAAUUGGUCGACAGGCUGUGUUUGCUCGGUAUUCUUAGGCUCCGUAUGACUGUCUUGUCUUCGUCACGGCGUAUCUAAUGACGUAGGACUUUAUAGUUGUAUGUUGAGCAUCGCUGCCUUCAGCCUAGUAACAUUGUGCUCAUAUGUUUCCUGCCCCCACCGAUUAUUUUUUGUUAGUCUGUGGUUAGUUUUGUGGUUGACCGGCUCGUGCAAGCUGCCCCAGCCCAUUCUCACGAGCGACGCCGGUGUCUUUUCGAGCGCGGCCGAAUGUAUUGGUACGUUUCCCAAGUGUUCUGUGAUUUGUUAAGUUUACCUGCCGAACGGAGUAGGCUUGAAUUUUGGCCUUCAGGAGAUUUUAUACAGUUUUUUGCGUCGCCGUCAAGUUGCACUGUAUGAAGCGAUUUUCACACAUGCAUGCGGUGUCGUUUCAGGGUUACUUAGUCCUUCCCGUUGCUACUCUUUUUUCGAUCUCUCGAUUGUCGUAUCCUCCCGAUGACUGUAUUUCGUCAGGAGCGCUAACAGCUCGUAAGAUAGCGUUUUAAUAACGUAAAAUCGAGAGUAACGGUGAGGGUAAAGGGUACAUGCAAUUCGAUGUACUCUUUGAUUGCAUACGAACUACGACAGCCGUAAACCAUUGCCGUUGCCUUAGGAAAUGACACAGUUUAAAAUUCCUUGCCACGACUCUUGCUUCACAUUCCCCUUUUAGGUGCGUGAAUGGUAUCUUUAUUUCUACCUUCGAAGCUUUCAACGCACAUUUUAUGGUGGUCUGAUCUACAUGUGCGCCGGGUUCAUUAAUAGUUUUGGUCAUACUGUCUUGUUUUAUCUCCGUAGGAUAUGCGCGGAUUCUCCUCCUACUUUAUGCGUGCUGGUACAUGACGACCAAUUUCUCUCGCACGGUUAUCUCUUAUUUACUUUCAUCACUGUUGGACGCCUUUGAUGGUUAUGCCGCCCGUCUCCUAAACCAAAGUUAGCUGCCCUUCAUUUACUACAAUAUUUUGCAUGCAGUGAGGCCAUCCUUAAACUACUUGUUUUUACCCCGUAUAGGCACGAGAUUUGGCGCCAUGUUGGACAUGCUGAGUGAUCGGUGCGCUACGAUGUGUCUCCUCUUUGCUCUGGGCACGUUCUACCCACGCUACAUUUUUCUCUUCCAACUGAGCGCCUUGGUGGACAUUGCCAGCCACUGGCUUCAUAUGCACGUGUAAGGUGUCCCCUCUGCCAACCUACAUCUUUUUUCCACUAGAUCCAUCCAGAGUGGAUCCUCUAGUCACAAAACUAUCAGUCUGCAAGGGAAUCGGUUUCUGCGAAUUUACUAUACCAGUCGGGUAAGGUUACCUCGACUGUUGUGAUAUCUCCAAACAUUUAGCCGAUACUCUUCUUUAUGUGUGCGGGGAACGAACUCUUCUAUUCAAUGCUUUACGCCCUCCAUUUUACCGACGGGCCUCAGAGUAAGUCACAUUUUACGACGUUCUAGUAUGGUUUGAGGGAUUGGUUUCCCAAUAAGUUUAAUUAUAAAGAAAUGAAGUUCCUUGGGGAUAAUACGGCUCUUAUAAUUGUAGAAGAGCGCUCACCGAUCGUGUUACGGAACUCACUCGUCUCGUUGUGCCGUGGGGGUCCCUCUGGAGCCCAACCAGCAGCCGCACAGCGGCGCGUAAUGUAGGCAGAAUAUUGGGACGAGUAAGUUCCGUAACACAAUCGAUGAGCACCCCUCUACCAUUGUAUAUUCCUUAUCGCAACCCACAGGAGAACGAGCACGUGGCUCAGAAGUUAGAUGCGUUGGACUUCUAACCAACAGGUCGCAGGAUUGAGCCCCAGGUCUUCCACAUUUCGAGGUUGGGUAUAACUGGCUGACGACGGCUAGUAAGCCAGAAAUGACCGUUCCAGUCUCCCUUGUCUUUGUCGGUAAUGUUAUACGGUUCUUAUUUUGUACAUUUUGAAGACUGACUGCUCAUCGUCUAGCGUAUGCACAGCAUGCAAAAGCAAUUGGCUUUUAACUAUGCCCAACGAAAGCUUUUGUGGCUGGUUAGAGUUUGUGUUAACAGGCGUCCACUACAUUCGGUUAUCGUGUCGGUAUGGACUGUGUCCGUCUUGACAUGUGGUUGAGUACUUUGUGUGCGGCCUCAUUUAAGUGCAUUGCUCUAGGAACUCCCGGUUCCUUUUUUGUUGGACAGGCGCUGACACUGCUUUUUUCCAAUGUCAAUGUGUGGUCUGUGUCCAGUAUAUGCAUAAUUACCCUAGAUAGAUGGUCUUUUCUCCUUACCGAUGGCUGCUGUUCAUAUGUAAGUGUAAAGGCGGAUUCGCCGGUUUGACCGCAUCAGACUGCGUAGAAUUUUGUAGACAGCCUUUUUCCUAUCGAAAUAUCAAACUCCGUCUUUGGGGUGUACAAGCGAGGUGCGCAAAGUAAUUGUAGAUUUACAAACUAUCUGUGUCUGAUAUCUUUUAAUCUGUCUUUCGUCAGGCUCAACCACAGUUUUCACGUUAAUUGGAGCCUGUAGGUGGUUGGUUUUGACGUCUAGGUGGCCGUGGCGUUUGAAAUGCCUUUCUCCUCAAACUUUUGUUGCAUCAUGCGCCAACACACAAGGCCGAGAGCGUAACCGUUUUGCGACAAUAAUCUGAUAAAGCGUUUUUUCUCUGUUCGAUAAAUUUCUUUCCUGGGACAGUGGGUUUCAGCGUAGUUUGAUAGAAUGUUAACUGAGCUACGUUUGUGAGAGAUGGGAUGACCUCUGUGCAUAUGCAUUUGCGGUCGAUCGACUUGCCACCGCUGACUUGCGGUUAGGCUUUUCAGCCAAAGCGCUAGAGGAGACAACCUUGAACAAACAAUCCGAGCGGCUGUUGGGGACCCGCCCGUAUUCGAAAUUCCCAAGAAACCUCAUGAAACAUGUCCGAUCACAGUACUACGACCCAUGCUACGGCGUCCGCGGGAACCGACGCGCUCCGCAACCCUGGUCCAGUCGUGCGGGCGAAUAGUAUGCGAGCUGGACUACUCAAUCGUGGACGGACUCUCGGUAUUGGGUGCUGGAAUGUGCGAACGUUCCUGGACCCUGGUACCCAAAGUCUGACCGCGCGCAGCCUUGAUCAGUGCAAUGUGGAUGUCUGCUGUCUGUCUGAGGUUCGACUCCCUGACACAGGCUCCCGUGAAAUAAAGAUCCAUGGAGUCGAAUCACACUAUAUCCCGUACCACAGCCGCCCGCGCGAUUCUUCUGGUCGACACGGUUUGGCGAUCGCCCUAUCGCAACAAGCGGACCUCGCGCUACUUGCUUGGGAACCACUCAAUGACCGGAUGACCUACGUGCGACUGAAGGGUCACUUCACGAACAUCUCCAUCGUCGAUGUGUACGCACCAACUUUGCCUGCCGAACAGCGCGAUAAAGAGGCGUUUUACUCUCAGUUGCAAGCGCUAGUUGAAAGACUGCCUCGCCGCGAUCUGCUGAUUGUUGCUGGCGAUUGGAAUGGUCGAACUGGACCUGGCGACCCCAAAACCAGUCAUCUUCUUGGCCGCUUUGGACUUGGCUCCCGAUGCAAAAGUGGUGAGAGAUUGCUGAACUUCGCUGAUCUAAACCGACUGCUUGUCACCAACACAUGUUUCAAGCAUCGCAAAAAACAUCUGCUGACCUGGUAUUCAAACGACGGUCAUACGGCCAGUCAGAUUGACUACAUACUAGUCAGCUCAAGGUUCCGCAGCUGGGUUCACGAUAGCAGAUCGAUGCGUGGUGCCGAGACUGGUAACGCCCAUGGGUCGGACCAUGUCCUCGUCCGUACACGCUUGAAAGUUCAUCUCUCAUCCGCGCCAAAAAUGCCACGUCCUAGACGCCUCAAUGUCGCAAAAAUCCGGCAAGCCAGCACUGCCGAGGCCCUAAGCAGAGAAAUCCGGACCUGUUUUAGGACCCGAGCCGACGGAGAAGUCAGUAACCAGUGGUCGUCACUGAAGACUUCAGUCUAUGGGGCAACUGAAAAAAUCCUUGGAUACAUCCAGCGACGCCGCAGUGACUGGAUCAGCGGAAGAGCCCUGCAGUUGUCUGCUCAGACGGCUAGAGCCAGGUCCCGCAACGAUGACUACUUCCGCAACUUCGGAAGAUGACGGCAAAAUCGGCCAGGGAUGACCGGAAGCAAUAUUGGGCUGAAAUAGCGACCUCCAUGGAACAGGCCUCGAAUGUUGGUGACACUCGAAAGCUCUACCGUCUGAUCCGCCAAGUUAGCAGUAAGCCCUCUACACAGAGUAACUCUGUUCGCGAUGUGAACGGCGGCUUUAUCGCUGAUAACUCGGCCAAAGUCGAGCGCUGGCGUGAGCACUUUGAGCACCAUCUCAACUUCGAUACCCAACUUACCUCGCCAUUGCUCUCCUCCUCAGCGGAGUUUCUUCCCUCUCCUACCUAUGCAGUGCCAUGUGACCCCCCCUCAGAGGGAGAAGUCGCCGAUGCCAAACGAAAGUUGCGCACCAAUAAGGCACCCGGAGAGGACGGUAUACCCGCUGAAGUCUUCAAGUCUUGUGUCGACACUCUGGCGCCCUGGCUCCAUGAGCUGAUUGAACGAGCGUGGAGAAACGAGGUUGUUCCUGAUGAAUGCGGUUUAGGCAUCCUUGUGCCUAUCCUCAAGAUGGGAGAUAGGACGAGAUGCGAGAACCACCGCGGCAUAAGUCUCAUCGACGUUGCUGCGAAGAUCUUCGCUAUUGUCCUACUCAGGCGAUCCCAGACUGUGCGUGACUCAAGGACGAGGCCCAACCAAGCCGGGUUUCGUGCUGGACGUGGAUGCGCAGGCCAGAUAUUCACACUGAGGCGCAUUCUCGAAUUUCACCUUAGCUAUCAACAACCGACGGCCGUCUGCUUCGUUGACUUUGCCGCCGCGUUCGAUUCCGUUCACCGUGAUUCCCUGAGGCGGAUAAUGGCGCUAGAUGGUGUACCGGCAAAAAAUCAUCGCCAUGAUCAAGGCCUACUAUCGCUCCACCACUGCGAAAGUCUUGGUCCGCAACAAUCUUUCCCAACCGUUCGGUACUCGGUCUGGCUUCCGACAGGGUUGUAUCCUGUCACCAAUACUGUUCAACUACGCUAUUGGCUAGAUUCUCGGGAGGGCCCUACGCGAGAGUGACGGUGUUGACUUUGCAUCCGGACAUCGACUGACUGAUCUCGACUAUGCCGAUGAUAGCGCCUUACUUGCUUCAAGUUUUGGUGAUUUGCAGUCUAUGGUGUCACGGGUGAACGUGGUCGCUAAAUCGGUCGGUUUGUCCGUAAACGCAGGGAAGACUAAAGUGUUCUCAAGUUGCAUCCCUGACCAGGAGAAGACACCCCUCGGGAUUGAUGGCUGUCAACUUGAAGAAGUAGACAGUUUUAACUACCUCGAGGCGAGGCUGCUGCCUAAUGGACAGAGUAAGGACGACAUUGUCUCCCGAAUCGAUGCUGCCCGCUGAGUUUUUUCAAGCCUUCGGAAACGCCUAUGGAUCCGACGUGACCUCUCCAUCGCCAUCAAGAUUUGCGAGUACCGUGCGUCUGUCCGGUUUUUCCUUCUCUACGGUUGUGAAUGCUGGGCUUUGCGCGUGGAGGACGAGCGAAAACUGGAGGUAUUUGACCACCACUGCUUGAGGACCAUCCUUCGAGUGAAGUUCACCGACUUCGUCUCAAAUGAGAUAGUCCGCGCUCGCUGCGACAACAUCGCAAGGAUAACUCAGGCCAUCCAAGAAAGACGACUGAGGUGGUUGGGCAUGUUCUUCGUCGUCCACCUCAGGAGCUCAGUGUUACUGCCCUCGAUCCUGCACCGUUGCUCCAUUGGAGGCGUCGAAGAGGGGGUCAGUUCAAAGCCUGGCUCGACACAGUUCGUUAAGACAUGGAGGUGGUUCUUGAACCUUCGGUAUUCGGUCUCCGUCGUUGGAGAAGGGAAUGGGUUGAACUGUCUAGAUCUGCUGCCGCGGAUCGUCACGCGUGAAGAGGUACAGUUCGGGACAUCAUAGAGGCCGGCUAGAUCAGGCAUGAUCGCAGCCGUAUCAAGUACAAGUAAGUACAAGUCUUCCGAUGUACGGGGACAUCCAGGAAUGGGAGUUUUUCAUCAGCCUCUGCUUUGAAAGCUAAUUUAAUUCCUGCGAAAUCGGAGUGCACGUUAUUGUAAUUCAUUUUUAAUCAAUAUUCUUGACAACGACAAACAUCCCAUCCACUUAGCAUAGUCUCAAUUCCGGGUUAACAGUGUGGAGGGAUGUAGCCUUCGAUUCCUCUUUUAUGGCCGCUGCCAUGAAACCCAUUUUGGGGAACCUAUAGGAACGUCUUUUUGUGCUGAUGGUAUUGCCUGGCAAGGGAAAUUUUGUUUCUAGACAGAGAUUUAGGAGUUGAGUCAAGGCGUCCGCAGGCACAUCCAUAGUGUAGAUUCGAAGGCGUUAAUCGGUACAGCUUCUCGCUAAGUCUAGAUACACCGAGACGAUGUUAUUAUUUUAUCAGUUGUUACUUCGAGUCCUUUUACUUUAGAUUCUCGAAGCGCGUCUUUGGAGUUCUUUGUUCUUGGGUAGAAUUGGUUAAAUAGCCACUUUGAAGUCUUUAGUGGUUUGGUGCACCGGUUAAAGAGGCCAUUGGUUGUGUUGCGAUGCCGGUUUUGGCGAUGCCGUUGGCUGCGCUAAAGCCUUCCCCUUACUGCGUGGGUUCGAAUCCCACCGAGGCGCCGAGUUUUUCACAGUUGGGUCAAUAUGAAUUAUUCAAAAUCUGCCAAAAUAUCAAUGAUCUAUAAGAUCCUUAUAUUUUGGUAGUCAUUUAUUCAUACUGUUUCAAAAUUGUGCAUAGAACUCUUGAGAUCAAUUUGGUUCCUACGAGGCGUUUUGAUGCUUUUUCAGUAUAUGUGAACCCCGUGAUUUCUUUUGCCCUAAAUGUACAUUUGCAGCGAGAACAUGUGUGUGAUUGUUGACGCCUUUGGUCCUCAUUGCUCUAGUUUUAUGUUUUUGAGCCCUGCCUCAGACAUCUUCUAAUCGAUUGACUUCGGAGGUUGCUGCACCGUUCUUUAUUGCAGUUCGUCAUGUGCCUGGUGACCCCGUAUGGCAGUCUUCAUGGUUACGUGACUGAUUCUAACGUAUUUGCCCGGGGCUUUUAAGAUUUCGUCUUAAUGUUUUAUUUCCUAUCUAUCUUGGCGACCAGCGCCGGUAGCGAAUUCGCUGCAUAAUGGUCACUUUGUCGGUCACCACUCAACCAUUGUCAUGACAUGGCCGUUCUAAUGAACUGAAAUCUUCUCCACGUAGAGUGAGCAUGUCCCUCAAUCCCUAGACUUAAUUGUCCGAAAUCCGGUUUUUGCCAUUUCACGUUUACUGUCCCCCGAAGGCUUCUUAGAUAAACAUUACUGAGAUUCCGCGUUUGUAUUUGGUAGAUUUUCCAAGCUUCUAACGCCAUAGAGACCUUUUAUCGAGACUACAACCUCAAAACUUUCCGUGCUGGCGUGCAAUUGAAUACCUCGGCGAUUUAGUAUAAAGGAUUGACGUCACAUGAAGGUCUGACUGACUUUGGAUGUUCAGGCUGCAGUCCCGUCAUCACUUGCUUCUCCUUGAGAUAUCGUCCCCAAAACAAAAUAAUUGGUUUAUAACUGUGAGGGACGAUUCCUUGAUAGUGUUUGAAGGCACCGUAUAUCCCUCGUUGGGUUCCACGUUGAUGUUCAAUCUGAAUGUGUCUCGUCCGGAGGUGGGAAGGUCGGGGUUUCGUCUUCAACGAAGAGACGACGGUUUAUCCUAACCUUGCAGAUCUUUGCGAUGGUAUUCAUGUGAAUGACGAAUAGCCUCCAGUGAUAAGACUCCAUCAAAAUUGUUGAAAACAGAGCUGGGUGGGGUUAGGGCAAGUACACAACCCUACCUUCGCAUGCUGUGCAAGAGGGUUUCAAGGUUCACCCAUUGUUUGUUACACAGGUUAUCAUCCUGUUGUGAAGUUGCUAAUAACUACUGUGAAUCUCCCGGGUCAUCCAGAUUUCAUCAUUAUUUUCCAGAGCCCGUUCUGGUCCACGACGUAGAAGGCUUUUGUGUGAAGGCGAAAUGUCGAGUUCCAGGUGUAGGCAUAAGUGAAGAAGAAGAGUGGUCGAUCACAGAAACAUUUUGUUUAUUGUCCUCAGCUUUCCAACUCUUCAUCGUCAGCGAUAGUAGCGGCAAUAGAACAAACGACAUUUAUAGGGCAUGUAGGCCAAUCAUCGACCGACGGCGCAAGGCUGGAGGUGACUGCGCAGGGCUCUGUACGCCUGCGCCGGACUAACAAAUCGAUUGACUGAGUUCUCAUCCGAUGUCCGGGCUUCAAUCGACUCUCGGCCUGUUUUUUUUCCGGCGUGGGCGACUAUUUUGGCGGCUGUGAAGUUAAACUCAUGACCCGUUUCGUAAGUGUGGGCGGCCACUUGUGAUAAUGCGUCGCCUCGUCGCGCAGCCAGCUUAUGUUCGUGUAUGCGCGAUCCGAGCAUGCGUCCAGUCUGGCCUGUGUAGUUAUAAGGACAGUUUUGGCACGGGAUGCGAUACACUAUUCCAGAUUGCUCUUCAGGCUUUAACCGGUUUCGACUUUUCAUGAGUCUACUGCGCAUGGUGGCUUUGGGUCGGUUGCCCCGCAGCAAUGCGUUCAGUCUCUUCUGAAACGUCCUUGAUGUAUGGCAGAGAAUGCCAUAUCGUUGGUGGUGUUGAUGCUUGGGUCCUGUGGGAGCGACCGCGUAGGCAGCGACUCAUAAAUGCUUUCGGAUAGCCAUUUGUAUUUCGAUUGUUUCACACAUAUUUUUUCGAAAUUCACACGAUGACCCUGGAAGCACGUCUUGCCCCGGGUGUCUUGCCAGGCAAUCAAGAAGACUAUGCGCAAAACAGAUUUUGCCGGCAGUGCGGAGAAUAGAGAGCCUAUGCUGUCUCGUAGACUUGUCCGUCGCCCUUUCGUUUGUGGGAAUGAACGGUGGCCGAAUCGUUGAAAUCUCGCACGAAUUGUCGGCGCGUCACUUCUGCCGACCAAUUUGACAAGAAUUUGCUAGACACCGUUUCUGUUGACCGGAUUUGGUCAACUCUACCCGAUAUUUUACAGCUCGGCAUCCGCAACACUGCUCAGACGUCUCUCAACUUCUUGCGUUAAGGACAUAGUUUCCUUGCCUUCUGUCUUAGAUGAACCUUGUGUUCUCUAACAUUUUUCAUCUGACAUCAGAGCAUAAUUUGGUGCUUGCCGGUGCGAGCUUUUUGUCUGCGUGCUUUUACAUUUAUUCUGUGGUUGCCAGACUUAUCCGCAUUCAAAAAAAAUUGUUGAGAAUCGCUGACUGGAUAGGGCUAGGCUCAUUCUUUGUAGGGAAUAAACUAUCAGACCUUGGAAGGGGUUCCAUCGGCAGUUUUAGCCCGUCGUGCAUGUUUUUUACGUCCGGUGGUUGACUUUAGCCACAAACGCGCACUUGCAACAGCAAAUGCUUCCACAGUUCCUUUUUGGUCACGUAAAAAACCGGACAGGCGUUGGUGACUCGUGUGCAACCGGAGAAUAUUCUUACUGAGCUGCAUUUUAAUGUCCUUGCGGUCCAAAUACAUCGGGAAAGUCCAUCGCAACAUCUAAAUCGCAUUUGGCUGUCUUACCCUGUAAUGUCGUCUAUUCUGUGGAGUUUGCUUGCCUCAUCAAUGCCAUGCUAAUUCGAUACACAGUCUUCUUAAAAAUGCUAUCUUUUUCCGCAAAAACUGCCUUAGCAUCUCCUCCUAGUUGGUGGUGUUUUACAUCUGCGUGUGUAUUGAGCGUGCCUUAACUCCCUUGGUUGCCCGGCCUGAAACCUCAUAUUAUCUCCUCUUCUUCUUUCUCCCCAUGCUCCUCCCCCAGUGUUUGGAUACAGUCUCUUCAAGGUCAUCCUCUUUUUGUCGCUGCCUGUCGCUCUCCUCAAGACUUUCAUCAGUCUGAUCCACCUGUAUGCCGCCUCGGCAAACUUAGCUGGAAUUGACGUCGCAGAACGGAAGAAGGCUGCUGCGGCCGCGUCCUAG